AUGAGUAGAAGUACUACUUAUUCAAUAUAUUACAAACCAAAGAGUCUUAGAAUAGAAUUGAUUCAAAAUGAAGAUUCAACUUUUCAAUUGAGUGAAUCAAAUUCUGAAAAAUCAGAAAAGGAUAUAAUAAUAAAUUCAAUACCAAAUUUUUUACAAAAUAAAGUAUAUAUUAUAGAUUCAAUCAAUUCAGGUUCAGGAAGAUUAAAGAAAAACAUAUAUACGGAAAUAAUAGAUCCAUUGUUUUCAUUAUUAGAUAUUAAUCAUGAAUAUUUUAAAACAACAUCACCAAAUUCAAUUACUGAUUUUGCAUCAAAUUUUAAAGAUGAAAAUUCAACUAUCAUAUUUUUAAGUGGAGAUACUUCAAUUAAUGAAUUUGUAAAUGGAUUAUCCACCAAAAAUAAAAUUAAUAUUUAUCCUAUACCUUGUGGAACUGGUAAUAGUUUAGCAUUAUCAUUAGGUUUAACAAAUCAAUUACAAGCUGUGGCUCAUUUAAUAUCAUCAACUAAAAAUUCACCAUUAUAUACUUAUGAAAUUGAAUUACCUUCAAAUUCUUAUUAUUUAAUACAAAAUGAACCAAAAUCAAAAAUUAAUAAACCUUUAAAAUUUAUUGUUGUAUUUUCAUGGGCAUUUCAUGCAAGUUUAGUUGCAGAUAGUGAUACACCAGCAUUAAGAAAAUUUGGUAUUGAAAGAUUUCAAAUUGCUGCUAAAAAAAAUUUAGAAAGUAAACAAGAAUAUGAAGGUGAUUUAAAAAUAAAUAAUGAAAUAAUAAAAGGACCAUUUGCUUAUUUUGUUAUUACAUCAGCUCAAAAAUUUGAACCAACUUUUGAAAUAUCACCAAAGGGAAAAAUAUUAGAUAAUGAUUUAUAUUUAAUUGCUUUUAAAUCAGGAUUAGAUAUAAUGGAGAUUAUGAUGCAAGUUUAUGAUAAAGGUAAUCAUAUAAAUAAUUCAAAUGUAAUUUAUAAAAAAAUAGAAAAAAAUGAUAAAAUAGAAUUAGAUAUUAGAAAUUCAAAAGAAUUAAAUCAAAGAAGAUUUUGUAUAGAUGGAAGUAUAAUAGCUUUACCAGAGACAGAAAAUCAUAAAAUUACAAUAAAAAUUAAAGAUGAUAGUGAUUUAAAUUUAUAUAUAAUACAAUAG